AUGGCGAUCACUCGCAGCGCAAGCAAAAGAGCAGAUAGUCAGGCCCCUGGAUCCCAUCCAGGGUCGUCGAACAUUAAGCGCGAAGACGACGGAAACCUAGUGAGUUCCAUUCGCUACUGGUGGGGUUUCAUCACGAUUUACAUGUAUUCUAUUCAUAAAGAGAGAUUCAGCAAACGGAAGGAGCAGCGCCAGCAGAUCGCUGCGUUACGGAAGCAGAUCGCCGAGGCCAGCGCAGCGAAACAGCGUCUGAUCGAACGUAACCGGGACCUUCGAUAUCGGCUGAAAGAAGUCACUGAAUGCCUUCAAGAUGCCGUGAAGACUGUCGAAGCUAUGCGCAAUUCCUUGUUGAAGACAGGAAACUACAGCGAGGAACUGCAUGAGCGCAUGAUGGAAGAAUUGAAGGACAUCAACGUCUACAAGAGCGACGACUCAGACUGUAACAGCGUUGGCUCGUAUGAUGGCGCGUGA